AUGACAACAAGCAAUGGUGAAAUUCCUUCAAGUUUCAGACAAGCGGUCAAGAAAGGAGCGGUGAUGUUGAGUUCAGAGGAGAAAACAGAUCGAGUCUGCCCUCGCAUGACCGGAGUGGUCGUGCCUAAUCAAGUCGGCAGCCCGUGCAUGGCCAAUGAUAGGAAGGGGAUCCUCCAGGCUAAUGGAGAACAGUUGCAUCUGAAGCACAUGGCAGAAGGUGGAACCGCGGCUAUGGUCCAUGAGAGGUAUGGGGUAACAGCGACAUAUUCGUAUAAGGAGAUCGCGGGGCAAAUAAUACAGCAGCAAGAUGAGCAGUGCCUGAGGGCGGCCACUGUUGUUACCCUCCUCAUUGUUGUUGCCGCUGGGAUCCUAUCAAAUGUAAGUGCUGAUGAUAAGUGA